AAGUGGAUGUGGUUAGCAUAUACAGCAACCAAACGUCGUCGUACCAGGCUCCUUCUCCGUUGUCUUCGCGUAAGCGGAAUCGAUUUUUAGACUUUUCUUGUGGAGUAGGGCAAACCCCAAACCUCUCUCUCUCCGAUGUCGUGUUGGAAUCAAAAACCCUAAUCAGCUUUCGCUUCUUAAACACCCAAUUUUUCUACAUUAAAUGACAGUAAUCUUGACACUCACUCAAUUCUUUUCUCUCUCUUGACUUUGACAUUUAAAACCUUUCGCAAUCUUUGGAUCAAUCAAUCAAUCAAUCACAAUCUGCAAAAACCCAAUUCGUCAAUUCGAUAUCUUUUGCCUUUCGUCUUUUGAGAGCAAUCGAAGUCUUGCCAUGGCCAAAAGCUCCUUCAAACUUGAUAACCCUUUGGAGAGGAGGCAGGCAGAGUCUACUCGCAUUCGAGAGAAGUAUCCGGAGAGAAUACCAGUAAUUGUGGAGAAGGUUGAAAGGAGUGACAUUCCUGACAUUGAUAAGAAAAAAUAUCUUGUCCCUGCUGAUUUGACAGUUGGGCAAUUCGUUUAUGUUGUCCGGAAGAGGAUUAAGCUCAGUGCUGAGAAGGCUAUAUUUAUCUUUGUCAAGAACACACUACCUCCCACCGCUGCCUUGAUGUCUUCAAUUUACGAGGAAAACCAGGAUGAAGAUGGGUUUCUUUACAUGACUUACAGCGGCGAGAACACAUUUGGGUCCAUCCAAACACAAUCUGUGUAAAUAAACUCUUCCCAAGUGUAAAUUCUCAGCUAUUUGUUCUUUUUUUAAGUUAACAGCCCGACCUCCCUUUCUGGUUUUAGUCUCGGUUUAUUGGAAAAUUUGAUGUUGAAAAGAGAUUUGAUGAUUGGACUUGAAAUGGAUGAAAUUGAAUUUUAAGUAAUUUGUCAUUAUGGUAUUA